AUGAUGACGAGUAGGACCGACCUUACGGUCGCGAUUGAUCAGCCCAAGAUCUACGAUUUCAAACACUUUUAUUCACAGGUUGUGGGUGCUGGACGUGCCAAUGAGGGCCUCCGCGCGGACUGGCAAGCCCAUUUAAAGCUUGCGCAAAGGGCUUGCGGAUUCAAAUACGUUCGAUUCCAUGGCUUGUAUCACGACGAUAUGCAUGUGCUCAGCGAGGUGGAAGGAAAACACGUUUAUAAUUUCCAAUAUAUCGAUGCUCUUUUUGAUACUAUGCUUGAUAUGGGCGUACGCCCCUUCGUCGAGUUUGGUUUCUGUCCGUCGCUGAUUGCUACUCAACGAGACACGGUUUUCUGGUGGAAAGGUCACGGUAGCCCUCCUAAAGAUCUGGACCAAUGGUCCGAUUUGGUGCGGGCGACAGUGGAUCAUUGGAUUCAACGCUACGGUUUGCAGGAGGUUCGCACUUGGUAUUUCGAAUGUUGGAACGAGCCCAACUUGAGCGCUUUUUUCAAAGGCAGCAGGUCUCAGUAUUACGCUUUGUAUGAGUGCACUGUCAAGACAGUGAAACAGCUCGACGCGGACCUUCGCGUUGGCGGACCUGCCACGAGCAAUUACGUUCCAGAUACGCGAUUUGACGGUGAAUGGGAGGACAUGGAAGUUCAAAAGCAGUUGGCAAAUGUCGAAGACAUUGAUUCGUUGCAUUGGCGUCCGGUUUGGGUCGAGCACUUUCUCCGCUGGUGCCACACGCGCCAGCUCCCCGUGGAUUUUGUCUCUUGCCACCCGUACCCUACAGACUGGGCCUUGGAUACAUCUGGAUCCAUGUCGAAGCGAGUGCGCGGGCUGGAAGCGACGCCUAAUGACCUUCAAUAUCUCAGACAAAUUGUGUCGCAAAGCGCGUAUCCGUCGGCCGAGAUCCACCUGACAGAGUGGAGUUCCAGUCCAUCGUCUCGAGACCAUGCUCACGAUGAGGUUCCUGCGGCCAUAUACAUCGUCAGGACGAUGCUUGCAUCGCUGAAUCUGGUGGACACCCUAGCCUAUUGGACAUUUACUGACGUUUUUGAAGAAGAGGGUUGUGGAAUGACACCCUUCCACGGUGGAUUCGGUCUGAUGAACCUUCAAGGUAUCCCGAAACCAGCUUUUCAUGCCUUUAGGCUACUAAAGGGCCUGGGCAAGGAAGUUCUUGCGCAAAACAAAAGCGAUAGCAUUGUCACUCGCAAUCCUGAGAAUGGCCUCAUCUCUGCGAUCUUGUUCCACUACCCAGACGAAGUCAAAACAUCUCCACCACCGGCUUACAAUGACCCACAGGCUGCAGAGGGUCUCUUGAAACUCGGCAGCCCAAAGUCAAAGAAGCUGGUUCUCAAGGGACUGCGUCCAGGGUCGCCGUUCAGAGUGGAAAAGCUCUCACCUGGAGGUCCAGGAGAUGUCAAAUCGGCUUACAGACGACUGGGAUCCCCGAAGACGUUAAGUCGCCAAAUUAUCAAGGAUCUCACAGCAUACGCAAUGGAUCUUCGGGUAUCUGUUGUCAACGCUGAUGCCGAGGGUGUGCUGGUUCUGGAGGAGGAUAUGGCCCCGUGGAGUUUGAUAGCUCUUUCGCAGACGGCGGCCAACUUGUGA